AAUAACAUUAACAAAUUGAAAUUUAAUUUAAAAUUAACAUUUAAUGUUAACCCUGCUUGCACGCAUGUGAAAUUUAUUAUACUCGAGAAUAGACGCAUAAAACUAAGGGAAGGGUAAAUUAAGGGAAAUUUACCAAAGCUACAAAUCCGCUUUCCAGGCAAAUAUCUUCUAGUAGAUCCGUCACAGAUGAAACUGCCUUUCAAGCAUUGUUAUCAGCUGCAGAAGCAUUUGUUUGCUAAAAUGUCCACCUCGGCUGCGAAACCAAUAGUUCCUUCUCAGCAUAAUCUGGUUUGGAUUGAUCUGGAAAUGACCGGACUGGACGUCGAAAAGGAUCGCAUAAUUGAAAUUGCCUGCAUUGUCACGAACAAGAAUCUGGAAAUUUUGGAAAGUGGCCCAGAUGUUGUAAUUCAUGAACCGGACGAGAUACUCGCAGCCAUGAACGAAUGGUGCCAGGUGAACCAUGCGAAAACGGGACUCACCCAGGCGGUACGGGAUUCGAAGGUGAAUGUAGCGGAAGCGGAAGAUUUGGUUCUGAAUUUUGUCAAAAAGUACUGUCCGGAAAGGGCUUGUCCAUUGGCAGGUAAUUCGGUGUUUAUGGACCGGAUGUUCUUGAAUCGCUACAUGCCUCGGUUGAACGAGUAUUUGCACUACAGGACUGUGGACGUCAGUACCGUUAAGGAACUGUGCAAGCGCUGGAACGGUGCGGUUUUCAGCCACUGCCCAUCCAAGAAGCUGGUGCACAGAGCGUUGAAUGACAUCGAGGAAAGCAUUGAGGAACUAAAGUACUAUAAGGGGCACAUGUUUCAGAAAUAAGACGCGUUUCUAGUCGAAUCGGAUUGAAUCUGAUUAACACAAACUUGAUCGGGAUUCAAUCCCAGGGUAAUACCGUUCGGAGUUUACCACCAUCAAUGCAAGACUUAAUUAGAUUAGAUUAGAUUUAUCCUGACUUAUCGGGAAUCAACUAUGAAGCUGUAUUUCUGGAUAUAGUUUUUUUUUACUAAGGACAUAGAAUUUUCUUUCUUAGAUAUCUAAAAUAAACAAUUGAUUUUAUGAAUUACAUUUAAUACCGACUUAUGAAUUCCAAAUAAAUAAUCUUUUAGACAAUGUUCGUGAGAUAACUAGCUUUAAAAGCACGAUCAAUGCAAGCCCUGAGAGGGUAGCCUAUCUCACCCGAAUAGUUGCUAGUCACUGGUUACCUCCGCUUACAUGAAGGUUAGGGCCGCGGCUACCACACCGGAAACUGCCAGCAUAGUGUAUCCGGUGGUGUAGACCUCCUUGAUGGUCAGGAACUUU